CUAUAUUGCAUCAUACAUUACUCCAUACUCUUUGAUAGUGAUUCGAAACUUGUCUGAAGAGUGGAAGCCCAAAUACACGCUGAAAGUGAAAGGCGCCCCUCAGCCGAGACUAAACCUUGCUGAACCUUGUCACACAGCCCACGGCCGAUACCGCAGAGCCCUGUAAUGGUCUCUAAGUAUGUCCUCGCAUGCGGUAAUAAGCCCGUGCUUGAGCUGCGACGCCCUAUGCGCGAGUGGGCGACACGCCAAUGCCGCUGUUGGAGCUGUCUAACGCUUCGCCUUGGCUGCGAGCGCCCGUCGUCCGGCAGCUAGUGGCCGUGUGGUCGCUGCUGUUCCACUCGGGGCUGCUGCUGUACGCCGCGGCGCUGCACCCGCUGCUGGCACCCCGGCUUGGAGCCGACUUGGUGGGCACGGCCUUCCGCCGCCGCCCCCAGCUGGACCGCCCGCUGCCGCAGCCCCCACCGCCGCCAGCACCGGCACCACAACAGCGACCCGCACACAGGCGCCCGUGUCAGUCGCCGCCGCCACCCGGCCGCGGCGGCAGCCCCGCCACCGCCGGCCCCCUGUCCCAGCCGCCGCGGCAACAGCAGCAGCUGUCGCAGCCACAGCAGCAGCAGCAGCAGCAGCAGCAGCAGCAGCAGCGGCAGCUGUCCCCGCCGCCUGCUGCUGCAGGGCGGGGCCAGGGGGGCCACGUCAGCCGCCAGCAGGGACCUGAGCCGGUGCCUGCACAGCGGCCGCGGCGCAGUGCCACCCCCACACCCACCCCGCUGUUGGGCUUCCCCAUUGCCGUGUACGCACACCGGGGCGGCAGCCUGGACACCACUGGCCUCACUGACCCCACUGGCCCCGCCACCACCACAACCACCACGACCACCACCACCAUUGGCCCCACUGCUGCUGCAGCCGCUGCAACCGCUGGCGCUUCCACUGCCGCCUCUGCCGCUGUGGCCGCCGGUACACCCCGUGCCGGGGCCAGAACCAGUGCCAGUCACGUGCAGCAACAGCACCAGCAGCACCAGCAGCAGCAGCAGCAGCAGCAGCUGCCUCGCCGCUGCGGCUGCUACGCCUGCCGCCACGGCCUGCCGCUGAUUGAGAACACCCUCACGGCGUUCCGCCACUCGGUGUGUGCGGGGGCUGACCUGCUGGAGCUGGACGUGCAGCUGACCUCUGACGGGCAGGUGGUCGUGUUCCACGACCCCACCCUCUCACUGCUGGCGGGGGAGGGGGCGGGCCGCCUCACGCGCCCCUCCUCCUCAUCCUCCUGCUCCUCCUCGUCCUCCUCUUGCUCCCCCUCGGCCACUCCCUCCUGCUGUGUGGCUGUGUCGGACCUGGCCCUAGCCCAGCUGCCGCGCCUCAGGCCCCGACCCCCGGGCACCAUGUACCAUUGCGGCGGCGGCGGCGGCGGUGGCGGCGGCAGUGGCGGCGGCGGCGGCUGCAGGAGGAGGCUGCAGAGGCAGGGGCAGGGGCGGGAGCAGAGGAGGGAGCGGGAGCGGCAGCGGGUGUGGGAGCAGCAGCAGCAGGGUAAGGCGUGGGGCGGCAGCAACGGCGAUGGCGAGAGCGCAGCAGGCGCCGCCGCCGCCGGCAGUGGUAGCAGCAGCAGCAAUAGCACUAGCAAUAGCGGGAGCAAUACCUAUAGCACCAGCAAUGGCAGUAGCAAUAUUCGGAGCUGUCGCCUGCUCCAGGCUGCGGGUACGGCGACGCGGCCGCAGCCGGAGGCGCAGCCGGGGCACGCGCAGCAGCAGCAGGAGCAGGCGCAGCAGGAGCAGCAGGGGCCGGAGAAGGAGGCUCCUCAGAGGGGGCUAGGGCUAGGGGCGGGCUGGGGAUCGGAACGCGGCUCGCGCGCGGCGGCGGUGGCAGCAGGAGCGGCACAGGGCGUGCUGGCGGCGGGCCGGUCAGCUGGUGGGGCGGAGGAGCAGGCGGAGGAGCACGAUGGUUCUGACACCGGCACCGGCACGGACGUCGAAGGGGCCGGCGGCGGCGGCGGUGGCGAGGCGGACGCACACGAGUACGACCGCAUCCCGCGCCUGUGGGAGGUGUUCCAGGCCUGGCCGCACGUGCCCGUGCAGGUGGACCUCAAGUCCUCCGACCCGGCCCUGGUGGCGGCGGUGGCGGAGCUGGUGGCCGCCCAGCCCGGCCGCGAGCGGCUGCUGCUGUGGGGCAGCUUCCACCAGCGCACCGCCGCCGCCUGCCUGGCUGCGGCGCCGGGGCUGCCGCUGUUCGCCAGCAUGCAGCGGGCGCUGGUCAUGAUGGCCGCCUACCAGCUGGGGCUGCUGCGCUACCUGCACAUUUACGAGGCGGCUGUGGUGGUGCCGUGGCGCCUGCACCUCAGCCCCACACUCACACUCACACUCAGCCUCGGCCUCGGCCUGGGUCCGCUGCCCGCCUGGGCACACCGCCUGCGUGCGGCAGUGAACGGCUGGCUGUGCGGCGGCAGUGGCGGCGGUGGCGGCCUCUGGCGGCGGCGCAGCGCUGCCACUGCUACUGCAGCUGCCGCACCCUCGUCUUCCGCAGCUGCUACGGCCGCAGCUACUGCCACUGCCGGUGGUGCGGGCGGCACUGGUGCGGGAGUGCUGCGGGCGGAGGAGCCGGACGUGGAGCUGCGGCUGACGUACUACUUCUUGGACGCGGGCUGGUUCGCCGCCCUGAACGCCCGGGGGGUGGCGGUGGUGGUGUUCGGGGCGCUCAACGACACCCGCCGCAUGGAGGCGUGCAGGCGCUCAGGCGCCAAUGCCAUCGCCACCGACACGCCCUCCCACCUGGCCGCAUUCCUGGCGGGCGGCAGCAGCAGCAGCAGCAGUCAUAGCUGCUGCAGUAGCGGCAGUAGCAGCAGCAGCAAUGGCAGUAGCAGUGGAAGUGCGGCUGUGGACUGUGAUGGCCCCAGUGCGCCGCACCUGCUGCGGGUUCGGCGGCGUGGGGCCAUCAGUGGUGGCGGCGGCAGCCGCGGCAGCAGUGACGGCGGCGGUGGCGGUAGUGAGUGUGCUAGCGGCGACACCGGUGCGGACGGCGCCAGCGGCCGCAGCAGCAGUGGCGGCGGCAGUCGCAGCAGCUUCACCGAUGUGGGCCUCGGCAGUAGCAGUGGGAGCGCCAGCUGCUGCUCAGAGGGCGGGGCAAGUGGCCCGGUGGGGCCAUGCAGCAGCGGGGCCGCGGCGAGUGGCGUCAGUGGCGCUUGCGGCGGUGGUGGUGGCGGUGUGGUGGUGCUGGCGGGCGCGAGGCCGCUGGCGCCUCUCCCCUGGCUGCUGCAGCCGCAGCCACAGCCACAGCCAACACACGCGCCGCCGCCGCCGCCGCCACCGACGCCGCCUCUAGCGGGCGCCGCACGGUCUUGACCACCGGGUCGCCUGCGCAUGUGCGGCGGCCCCGUGGCGUGUCCUUGUGCCUGCCUGAGUGUCUGUGGGCUUGUGAGCCUGUGAGGCCGCACAUCAAGUGAUCACCACCUCGCUUAUCCUACCUUAUAGGACCCAGCUCGUCACUGCUGGCUGCUGGUCGGCGUGUGUUGCUGUGUGUGCGCGUACGUGCGUGAGCCUAUGAACACAGGAGAAACGGGAACAGUACUUUUGUGUCCAUGUGGCUCUGUGAUUGCCAGGCUGCCCCAAGGAGCUUGAUGAGGAAUGCUCGACUGUCAGGAUUUAGGGUCACACGCACGCUGGGUAGCAGCAGCCGCAGAUGUAGCGUCGCAGUGUUCAUAGCAGCAGGCAUGACAGGGUUGAACCACAGGGGUGGGCCUCGCACACAUUCGGACAUGCAUGUACUCACGUAGACUGGCAAAGUCAAGGCGCGGACACAGCAGGUCGGCUGCUGUUGGUCGGCAGAAGCGGCUCCUUAGUCCCUUGCCAUGGCGUGUUCGGUGGACGGAUGGCGGCCGAGGACUGCUGGAUGUAGAUGUGUGAUGGGACAGGGUUCAAGGCAGGUUGGCGAGGUCCCGUAGGGUGCAGCCGAUGCUGGAUGUAGAUGGAGCAUACAGUGACACAGACAUAUCUCACUUCACAGCGUGUCAGAGCUUUCGACCAUACCACAACGAGCGUUGGAAGUGUAAACGUGUGAGCGA